GACGUUAUUCAAAACAAUUACUGAUAAUUCUGUAGUUUCCAAUUUCUGAUAUCAAAGCAAACGAAGGUGAUGUGUGAAUUGCAUCGAAUCUCAAUUAUUUCGUGCUUUCCGAUUAGCUAAUAAUGAAUUGUUGAUAAUACACUUCAAAAAUUGCGACAAUCGAAUGGUGAUGAAGACAUGGAAACACUUUACUUUCAAACCAACAGCUUAAUCCAACAAACGCAGCAAUGUUUUCAACAGUUGAACAAUGUACGUGUCGAUUCGGUUUCGGUUGAAGCUGACAUUCAAACCAAAUUAACGGCAAUCAAUGCCAACUGCGACCGGUUGGAUGUGCUGCUGUACAAAGUCCCGGUCGCUCAGCGACCCAGUGCAAAAAUGCGGGUGGAUCAACUGAAGUACGACUUGCGACACUUGCAGGCCGCUCUGAAACAAUACCAAGAUAAGAAGGCACGCAAGGAGCUUGAGAUAGCCGAACGGGAGAGCUUAUUAAGUAAACGGUUCACGGCUAAUUCGGAUACCUCGAUCGAUAUCGACUAUUCGCUGCAGCACAACAAUGCUAUGCAGAAUGCUCACCGGGGCGUAGACGAGAUGAUAUGGACCGGUUCGAGUAUUCUGGACGGGCUUCGCAAUCAACGAGACACGUUGAAAGGAGCGCAGAGGCGAAUCAUGGACAUUGGAAGCACCCUAGGGCUAUCGAAUCAAACCAUGAAGAUGAUCGAACGACGACUUGUCGAGGACAAGCACGUGAUGAUCGGAGGAAUGAUUGUAACGCUAUUGAUUAUAGGGUUGGUUAUUUACUUUUUUGUAUUUUAGAUAUUUAUCACUAUUAUAAUACAGAUGGCUUACGAAUGAUAGCACUAUUCCAACAAA